AUGUUAGAGCAAGUGGAAAGGGAGAAAAAUAAAAAAAUUGAAGAAUUUAAGAGGAAUAUUGAAAAUUUAUUUAAUGAAAUAUAUAUGGUGAAAAAUGAAAAUGAAAAAAAGGAAAUAUUAAAAACAGAUAUCGUCAGAGAUUCUGAAAAAAAGGUAUGUGAAAUUGAUAUUAAUAAAACAGAUUUCGUUAGAGAGUCUGAAAAAAGAGAAAAUGGAAAAAUUGGAGAAAAUGAAAAAAAAAAGGAAAAUGAAAUUGGAAAAAUGGAACAUAAAAAAAAGGAGAUUAAUAUUGAAGAAAUAAGAAGAGAAAUGAGGGAAGAAUGGGAAAAUGAAAGGAAAGAGAUAGAGAAAAAAGAAAUGGAAGAAAGGAGGAAAAGGGAAAAAAUGGAGUUGAUUGAAAGGGAAAAAGAGAUGUUGAGAACAGAAAUGACAGAAAUGAAAAUUAAAAUAGAAGAAUUGGAAAAGAAAAGUGAAGGAAAAGGAGUGUAUGGGAAUGAUGAAAGGGAAAAUAAAAAGUGUUAUAAUUGUGGGAAGUUUGGACAUAUAAGUAGAGGAUGGCAUAAAACUGAGGAAUGUUAUGUUCCUACGUAUAAAUUGGUGAAUGAAAUUCAAAAAGCUUGUGGAAAUUGUGGAAAUUUUGGUCAUGGUCAUGAUAAGUGUUUUAAGAAUCAACAAGAAGAUUCUAAAGCAUUUCCGGCGGUAGAAUAUAUAAAAAAAGGGGAAAAAAAUAUCUAUGAAAAAAGGAAAGUCGAAGAUGUAACAUGUUUCAAGUGUCGUAACAUUGGACAUUAUGCGAGAGAUUGUCCGGUCACAUGA